AUGAUUAUGUGUGAUUCAAAAGACAAGUGGACAUCACAUGGAUAUUGCAGAAAGGCUCGUGAGGAAAACGGAUGUCUAGAAGGUCUUUAUGGUCCGGAUUGCCUGUACAAAACAUUUACCCCCGAUACGAUCAAUUUUAAAAUUGAGUUGUUCAACUCUGGCGACCAGAUAACAUUUACGAAAAUCUUUGACUAUUUCUCUCAUCGUUAUGCAAUCAAUAUUGUAAAUAGUGGUGAAAUAGUAAAAAUUGUUCUAAGCUCAAGCGGGACGCUAGCAUUGUUAGAAUUUGAAGCACUUGGUGAUUGUACAAAAAGGAGAUAUGGUGCUGAUUGUGAAGAGAUUUGUAGCAUAACCUGUGCUGACCAGGACUGUCAGUUUAACGGUGUUUGCAAAGAAUGUGUACAGAAGAGAACAGGAGAUUUCUGCAUGGAGUCCUUAACACAAGUCGAGUUUUUUAAACAACUUCCAUCUUCUCAAGAGAACUAUAUUUCCACACCAAAAACGUUCGCCUUAAGCCUAGAACAUAUAUUGACGAUACCUGUCCCGAUGGAUGGUAUGGGUAUGUCUGUGAAAAUAGAUGCCACUGUGAACACAACAGAUGUGGGGAGUAUGGCUCUUGUACUGAUGGAGCCCGGUGUGUACAAGGCUGGUUUG